AUGGAGAGUUCACGUGACGGUUAUCGUGGUCGAUAUCGUGAUCGACAUAAUAACUUUUCUACGAAUCGGAAUAAUUAUACUGAACGAUCGACAAGCAGAAAUUCUCGUGGACGAUUUUCGCGUGGUAGUGAAAAUGAUCAUAAUGGUAAUUUUUCAUCACGAGGCUCAGAAAAUGAAAAUUUUAAUUAUCGUACGUCACGUAGUUCAGUUAAUUCUCGGCCUAUUUCAUCACGAAAUGGUCUACCGAAACAUAAUCGUUAUCAGCAAGAUGAUGAUUUUCAAGCCCCAUCGCAUUUUUCUUCCUCUUCUUCAUCAUCUAAUCGAGCAAACAAUGUUCAAACAAAUUAUUAUGAUAACCAUUCACCUCCAUCAAGAUUUGAUCGACCAUCAAAUCAUUGUGAUACAUAUCGAUCAUCCGCAAAUGAACACCUGGUUCUUUCCAAUGUUUCAUUACCUCCAACAUCUCUAUACUAUGCUUCUUCUCAGUCAAUGUCGCCACGUCUACGUGAUCGUGGAUCAUCAUCAGUACCGUUGUCAUCGCAACAUAUUGAUUCAGACCGUAGUCGAUAUAUACCAACAAAUUAUCGACGAAAUAGUCCUCCACCACCUGUAGCAUCCUAUCGAAAUGAACGAUCAAUGGAUUAUGGAUCUCGAAAUAUCAAUAAUGAUAUAUACAUGAGUAAUGAAUGCAGAUCUGCCACGCCUCCAUCUUUAGCUCCUCUAUCCAUGCGUGACGAUCCAUAUGGUGAAAUGUAUCGAGCAAAUGAUUAUCCUCCACGUUCUGACCGGUACGAUAUACCAUCAAAUCGAAAUAAUACAUCAUCACGUGAUUAUCCAAUGGUGCCUGUAUCAUCGUCUAGUUAUCGCAAUGACUUGUAUAGAAGUUCAUCAAAUGUUUCGAUGUCAUCACCAUCUUCAUCAUCAUCGUACAUUCCACGUGAACAAUAUGUACAAGAUUUUAACUAUCGUCCAAUGUCCCAGCCAAGAGAUUAUGGAACUACAUCAUCGUCCUCGUCACGUACGAAUUAUUCAUCAUUGAUGGAUCCUCAAGAAAGUUCAUUUCGAAAUCCUCGAGAUCAUGGCAAUCGUUCAUCUCAUCGAGAUCGUCCAAUUCUAAAACGUUCCGGUUCAAGAUAUGAUGAUGACGAUGGACCAAUUCCAUCUAAACGACCUAUGAGACGAUAA